AUGCAAGUAGAAAAUCGUCAACAAAAAGAUUGGUCAGCAGCUGAAGAAGAUAAAGAAAAUAAAAAUCAACUUGAAGAAACACAACCCUUGACAUGGGAACAACAGAGACAAAAAGACAUUGAAAUGUUCGAAGAAGGCAUUAUCUACUCACAACGUUAUUAUGGUUUGUAG